AUGCACCGACGCCCACGACGCCCGAUCGCUCGCGCGUGGGCGCACGUCGUGACGUACGCGCUGGUGCUCGCCCUCGUCGACGUCGCGAUCGCGCACGGGCAUCACGGACAUCACGAGAGCGAUCAUCAUGAUCACGGCGCUGACUGGACGGGCGGCGACGCGGCGCGCGCGGUGUUGGCGUCGACGAUCGUCUCCCUGGCCUCUCUCGCCGCGUGCGCGUGCAUCGCGGCGCGAUUCGUCACCGGUGUCGAGGCGAGCGCGCGAGCGCUGAGCGAUCUGGCGAACGGGGCGAUGUUAGGGGACGCCCUGGGGCACCAACUACCGAGCGCGUUGGCGGGCGGCGACGCGCGCGCGGCGGCGAUGUGGUGCGUGGUCGGCGUUCUGGCGUUUCAGGGACUCGAAAGUCUGAUUUUAGAGAUGAAGGCGUCGGCGAACGCGACGCGGGGAACGCGGACCAGGGCGGGGCGGGGCGUCUCGCGCGACGCGUCUCGCGGGCCGUCGCGGAGUCGAUCGACCGCGCGCGCGAAGCGCGGCUCGGCGAUGACGGCAAUCGCCGACGCUUUGACCGCGCGCGACAUCGCGACGAGUGGAUGGCUCAAUCUCUUCGCCGACGCCGUGCACAACCUCACCGACGGCGUCAUCAUCGCCGUGGCGUUCGCGCGCAGAGGCCGUGCCGCCGGCUGGGCCACCGCCCGCGCCGCGCUCCUUCACGAGCUCCCGCAAGAGAUUGGCGAUUACGGCGUCCUGCGCCACGCCGGCUUCACCGACAUCCAAGCUCUGGGUUUCAAUCUCCUCAGCGCCCUCGUCGCCGUCGUCGCCACCGCGCUCACCUUCAUCUUCCUCGCCUGCGUCGGCGCCUCCUCACCCGUCGUCGGCGUCUCCGCCGCCGCCGUCUCCGCCGCCGUCGAAGCCUUCUGCGCCGGCGGAUUCCUCACCGUCGCCCUCGGCGCACUCACCGAGGACGUUCGCGCGCACGGCUUCACGCGCUCCACCGUCGUUCGCGUCCUCGUCGGCGUCCGCGUCGCCCUGUGA